AUGUUACCACAGAUUGUAUUGAGCAGUCUUUCCUCCGUGGGUAGCAUUUUCCCCGAUUCCUGGCUCAACUACCGGCUGCAGCACGCAUGCCCACCUCUGCCCAAAGGAGACCUCAUUUACGACGUGUAUAUGGGUUAUCCCGAAAUUUUUCAGUGGGAUAAGAAACGUUGCGUCGCGUAUGUCAGCAACCUCUACAAUGCUAGUCUGAGUGUCUUUGACCCGUAUCAACCCAAAGUCCUCGAGACUAUCCAGUUUCCGGGACUGAGCCAUCCUGGGGACACGGCUGUGAACCCGCUCCACGCCAGCGGCAUCGUCCUGAGACCGAAUAACGACGAGCCCGAGACUUUGGAGCUGGUCAUUGACAAUGGCGAUGCAUUUUAUUCGGCCGGCGUGAACAUUUCGGGACCAGACUACCUGAUCACCAUGGACAUUGACACAAUGACCGUGACGCACAAACUCCAUCUCAACAAUGGGCUGUAUGCAGGGUACGCCGACGCCGAGUUGGGUAGUGAUGGCAACACGUAUGUGCUUGGCGUUUACAAGUCCAAUAUCCUGCGAGUCACGCCAGAGAGGGAGAUUUCUACACUGUUCGUCGAGGAGCCGUUGGGUUUGCCUCGCCCGUACGGCUUCACGGGCAUCACCCAUGCUGGCCACGCCAUAAUCAGCAACGACAAUACCAUUGGGCAGUUUGUCCGGUUCGACACGCAGAACUCAGACGGCACGCCGCCAGUCAUUAUUCAGCAGACGCCCCAUCACAACUUCAACACCUCCAAUGUGCUCGCCAUCCCCGAAAAAUACAACAGCACUGUCCUGUUGGCGACAGAGAACAUGACGCCCGAGCACCCGGCAGGCGGAGUGGGCGUUUAUCGCUCACAGAACAAAUCAUUUCGUCAGAUCGAGUUUUUGGGUUUUCUACCCAGCCGCAGGGGCAAUAGCCUAGCAACUUGCGCUCGACAAAUGGCUAACCGCAUCUAUCUGGUCUCGCUACCCACCGACGGCGCCAACAUCACUGUGGCCGGACACAGCAGCCACUUUGUAUUUCAAGACUUGACGGAAGAUAUCGAGGCUUUGCUUAGUUGA